GGAAUCGAUUCCGAUUGUGUUAUACUGUACGUCGUUUGCAUGUCGGCGUCAGAUUAUCGGGAGGCUAAGCGGGGUUCGAGGCUGGCUCGGUCCUCGUCAUGGAUAGCCACCGCGCAUAGCUAAGUUGUUUAUUGGCUUGCGGGGGCUUACGUUGCGAACAGCAGCGGGGGGUGGUUGGCUCAGCAUGAGGCCACGUGCCGUAUGACCCAGGACAUAGCGGAGAACAUACAGGAGAGGAACCGGCAGCAGAGAACAGGAGGCAAUCCUGCCAAGGUUAGUGUGACCAUCCGAUUGUCCCUGCAAAACUUGAAUCGAGACAUCGGGCGCCUGAGAGACGGUCUGCUUCGAGCCUCAUCGUCAAACUUCAUCACCCAGCGCGAGGCUGAGCGCAGGCAAAGCUUAUUGGACGAACUCGAGACCAAGGAUCGGCAGCUGCAGACCAUGUUCAGUGGCAACGGAGGAGGCACCACCGACUCUGCCAGGAUGGGGCUCUUGGGUGGUGGUGCCACUGGAGCCAGCUCCUGGCUGGAGGAGGAGCCAGAGGACACUAGGGGGCGCAGCUUUGCCGAUCUGCGACAGCAACAGAAAAGCAUCAUCCAGGAGCAGGAUGCUGGGCUGGAGGUGCUUUCUUCCAUCAUAGCGAGGCAAAAGCAGAUGGGCCAUGCCAUUGGAAAUGAGCUGGAAACACAGAAUGAGAUCAUCGACGAUUUGACCAACCUGGUGGAAGAUACUGAUGGGCGGAUUCGUAGAACCACCAAAAGCGUCUCUGUUGUGCAAACAAAGUCGGCAAACUGCGGUAUGCUGGUGGUCAUCGUGCUGCUACUCAUUGCCAUCAUAGUAGUGGCGGUGUGGCCCAAAUGAGGCCACCGGACGAAGUCAGGAGGAUCGUUAGCAUCUCGCUGUAGGGCUUCAUGCACUUAAGAAUGGCCGGGUUUGUCUGGCUGAUCGGAAGAUGAGUUGGGCAUUGGAUCAGAUGAUGAAGGGCUACACAUUCCACGGUUAUCUGUUAAGAGCAUUCGCUACACGUGGACACAUGACACAUUCAUGAUUGUGUUCGCAAAGUGCAUUUUGCGUGCGUGAAAAAAAAUCCUCAAAACUUGUACAUGACAGAGUGCACACGCAUUCAAUAGCACCCAGACAAUUGUACAGUUAGCACGAUUAUCCCAUCGGUAGGUUAUGGAUUAACCGCGCUUGUGAAUAAAUGAAUGAAAUGUU